CGAACGUGUUGGACGCGACCGAGCACGCACUUCCAUUCGAAAGCCUGAAGAUGUGCCACCUUCCGGGCCGUUGUUGACGCGGUUAAUCGAGGCGGAAAAAUCGAUUGUGCUCGUGUGAUUAUUUUUGUUUUGAUUUGCGGCCUCCCGCUCUCGUAAUCCCCGCGCGGCCUUGGCCACAUGACUCAUGCCAGGCUGGAACAAUGAAAAACCACAAUAAGUACAUCAAGUUGCCCCAAGACCUUGAUCUGAGUUUCCACAGUGAUUUGGACCUGCUGCCGGAUACGGCGGCCGACAUCGACGUAGAACUAGACCCGGCUGCGGACACGGAUGUUACCGCGCUCAGUGUGAACGUGCCUGCGUAUCUGGGCCUGGACGAGGACGACGACGUGGUAAUCAUCGCCCCCGGCGGAGAAGGCCUUCGACUGGCUCCCACGACGGCGGAGGCAGUGUCCGCACGCAAGCAGCAGCUGCAAGGGCAGCAGCGCAAGCAGCUAAAGAAUCAGCUGGAUCAGCAGGAGAUCCUGCCCAAGAGCAAGAUCUGCGGACUAGGCAGCGACAGUAUCUUCAAGACGGGCCUAACCCUCACACCCGAAAUGCUGUUAUCCACCUCGGAAUCAUCGACCCACAGUGCCUCCGAGGUCGCCGGACGACUGCAGGUCGACGUGCGUACCGGACUCAAAUGGUCAGAGGCCAAGUAUCGAGCCAAGAUCAUCGGGCAUAACGAGCUGCUGCUUGUGGCAGAGGAUCCCACAUGGAAGAAGUAUAUAGAGCAGUUUAAGAACCCGCUCAUUCUGCUGCUUCUCGGUUCUGCUCUGGUAUCCGUGAUAAUGAAGCAGUUUGACGACGCCGUAAGCAUAACUAUUGCCAUCCUAAUCGUGGUCACGGUGGCCUUUAUCCAGGAGUACCGCUCCGAGAAGAGUCUGGAGGAGCUCAAGAAGCUGGUGCCACCUGAAUGCCACUGCCUGCGGGAAGGUCGGCUGGACACCUUUCUGGCACGCGAACUUGUUCCCGGGGACAUAGUCCACCUUAACGUGGGCGACCGGGUGCCCGCCGACGUGCGCCUUUUUGAAGCUGUUGAUCUGUCUAUCGACGAGAGCAGUUUCACUGGCGAAACAGAGCCGGCGCGCAAAAUUACUGAUGUUCUGUUGAACAAUACGAACGUUAAGGACCACAGCAACAUGAAGAACAUUGCCUUCAUGGGCACUUUGGUGCGAUGUGGCAACGGCAAAGGCAUAGUUGUCAGCACUGGGGAGCGCAGUGAGUUCGGUGAGGUCUUCAAAAUGAUGCAGGCAGAGGAGGCUCCGAAGACGCCACUGCAGAAGUCGAUGGACAUUCUGGGGGCUCAGUUGAGCUUCUAUUCCUUCCUAAUAAUCGGUGUCAUCAUGCUGCUGGGCUGGCUACAAGGCAAGCCGCUCUCGGAAAUGUUCAACAUCAGCGUCUCCCUUGCCGUUGCGGCCAUCCCCGAGGGCCUCCCUAUCGUGGUAACUGUGACUCUAGCACUUGGCGUAAUGCGAAUGGCCAAACGAAAUUCCAUCGUUAAAAAGCUGCCUACUGUUGAGACUUUGGGCUGCGUAAACGUCAUUUGCUCUGACAAGACGGGCACUUUGACCAAGAACGAGAUGACGGCCACGAUCAUCAUCACUUCCGACGGAUACAUGGCAGACGUUACAGGUGCCGGUUACAACGACCAGGGUGAAAUCCACAUACGGCAUUGCAACAAUGUGGAGAUGGCCAAGACCAACAUUACGAAUCUUCUGGAAAUCGGGGCGGUCUGCAACAACGCCUACAUUCAAAAUGGCACACUACUAGGACAGCCCACUGAGGGAGCACUUGUGGCGGUAGCCAUGAAGAACGGAAUGUACGCCACAGCUGAGAACUACGUUCGCAUUCAGGAGUAUCCCUUCAGUUCGGAGCAGAAAAUGAUGGCUGUGAAGUGCAUCCACAAGUACAACAACAACAAGGAAGAGAUUUUCUUCGCAAAGGGGGCUCUCGAGACCCUGUUGCCGCAGUGCACCAAGUAUCAGUUCGGUACCCAAACGGUUCCACUUACCAAACAGAACGAAGCCGAGUUCCUAGCCGAGGCGUACGAGAUCGGACGGAAGGGGCUUCGCGUGUUGGCGUUGGCCAAGGGCCGGUCAAUGCAAGAUCUGAUUUACUGCGGCCUCGUCGGCAUCACUGACCCACCGAGGCCCCUUGUGCGGGAGUCCAUUGAAAUGCUGAUGCAGAGCGGGGUGCGUGUCAAAAUGGUGACUGGAGAUGCCCAGGAAACGGCCUUGGCCAUUGCGAAUCUCAUCGGUAUCGAUACAAUCCACCACCAGACGCUUUCCGGUCAGGAAAUGGAUCAAAUGAACGAGCACCAACUGGACAAGGUAGCCAACAACGUGAGCGUCUUCUACCGCGUUUCGCCACGCCACAAACUGGAGAUAGUCAAGUCCUUGCAGCGCAGUGGCAACAUAGUCGGCAUGACUGGCGACGGGGUGAAUGACGGAGUGGCUUUGAAGAAGGCGGACAUCGGCAUAGCUAUGGGCAAGAACGGGACAGAUGUGUGUAAAGAGGCGGCUGAUAUGAUUCUGGUCAAUGACGAUUUCCACACUAUAAUCGCCGCCAUCGAGGAGGGCAAGGGCAUCUUUUACAACAUUCGAAACUUCGUGCGCUUUCAGCUAAGCACAUCAAUAGCUGCCCUGGCCCUGAUUGCCCUGGCUACUCUGAUGGACAUUGCUAACCCUCUGAAUGCCAUGCAGAUUUUGUGGAUCAACAUCAUAAUGGACGGCCCGCCCGCACAGUCUCUGGGUGUGGAGCCCGUCGACCACGAUGUGCUCAAACAGAAGCCACGGAAUGUGAAACAACCGAUGAUCACAAAGUCUGUGGUGGUGAACGUUCUGCUUAGUGCCAGCAUAAUUGUACUGGGCACGCUGUGGGUGUUCCAGCGUGAGAUGGCCGACGGAACGCUGGGAAAGACCAAACGAGACACGACAAUGACCUUUACUUGUUUCGUGUUUUUCGACAUGUUUAAUGCCCUGUCUUGCCGCUCGCAGACAAAAAGUGUCUUCACCAUCGGACUCACAACCAAUCGGAUGUUCUUGCUGGCCGUCGCCUUUUCGAUCAUUGGUCAAAUGCUGGUUGUCUACUUUCCGCCGCUGCAAAUGGUUUUCCAGACGGAAGCACUUACGCCGUAUGACAUAUUCUUCCUGGUCUCCCUAACCUCCUCUGUGCUGGUUGUUUCAGAGAUAAAGAAAUGGUUCGAGCGUACCAUGGAGCGCAAAAUGUACAGCUCCCGCUCCGAGCUAGAUUUUGUAUGACAAAACGCAAGCGCUAGAGAAGAUUUGCACCCCAAAGCCGAGUAAAUUAAAUAACUAACAAAAAAAUCAAUAAAAAAGUAAAACUAUGCCAAAACAAGCGAGGAGCGCGGCGAAGUAAAGUCAGAGAGUUGCAAAAGCCGAAACAAGAGCUAUGAAGCAAGGAUGUGUGUGUUUAAUUUUACACUUGACUUGACCAGUUAAAAAAAUUUAAUUGUCAUUGUGGAUUUUCAAUCAGGUUGCGCAGCAGAGAUUUUCAUAGAUUUGAACUAAGAUUGAAGGUUUGUUCUGAGCUCUGUAAUUUUUGAAUUGUUUUAUAAAUAGCAAAGAGUUUGGUUUUAUUUUGAUGUAUUUACUAUGUAUGUAGCCGUAUAUUACUAUUCUUUUUUAAGAUUUAGUUAUUCACACAUGGUCACGUAUUAAAAAGAAGGCGUACAAUUUAUUUGUUCUUUAAUGGGCUGCAAAACUACUUUUUCUUUACCUUUAUUUAUAUUUUAUCUCUAAGUGCUUCUCUAGUUUCUUAUGCUCAUCGCGCAAUUUGAGUCAAUACGAAGUGUUUAUUAAUCUACAAAAAGGUCGGCGAAAACAGUUUAAUGUGAUAUUAUGUUAAGCACAUGAACCAUAUCAUCUCACUAGUGUGCAGAAUGCAAAUUUUUUAUUUUUGUUUAUUUGCAUCUAAGCUUUUGAAACCAAUUAUUACAGUUUUGAAAAAUAAAACUUUAACUCUGAAGAAAUUUGUGAAAUUUAAUUAAUCAAAAUAGAUAUAACGUACUUUUUCCCACAGCUAAGCAACCGGAUUAUAAAUCGAGUGAACACCUACUUCGAGUAUGUUCACCUGGAAAAUGCAAUACCACUAUGUCACAGUAAACAUACAUAAAACUAAAACGCAAGCGAGUCAAAAAAAGGCAUGAAAUGGACAAAACUAAGCGAGGCGUAGUAAAGUAAAACAUGGUUUUUUUGGUAUUAUUGAUCAAUAAUUUAUUCGGUAUUUGAAAAGCAAGCAUUCAAUUUGUGUGAAAUUGAGGCAAAUCAAAACAACUCUAGCGUGCUAAAAAAAAUGGACAGUCAAGAUGGACAAAAGAUUUUUGUAUGUAAUCAAAAACGCUAUUAUUUCCUGUGGGUGUUAAUUUGACGCUUUGGUAUAUAAAUUGAUAAUUAAUCGGAUUACCAAAACGGAAUAAUACACCAACCAUAUGAAAAACUUUACAAAGCAAAAGCACCACAUUUACUCGAAUGUAAAGCAAUUUUCGGUCAUAUAUUUAAAUAAAAAUAAAUGUAGAUAAAUGCAUGGAAACUUGUUUAAUUCUGUUGUUUCAUGUUUAAAUUGAACUCUGAUGCAAUAAUUAGGUAAACGGCAACAAAAGUAUACAAGUAUAACUUAUCAAAAAAUGACAGAUUGUAAUCAAAUGUAUGCAUCUCAACAACUAAUCAAUGAAUUUUGAAAAAUAAAUUUGGAUUUUACCGAAACUUGUCUAAACCUUAUAAAUAAACAUUUUAAAUAUCAUUAAUAACAUAAUUCAUAUCAUACCAACUCAGAGUUCACUGUUGCACUGGAAGCAUAUCACAAUUUGUCCAUGUUUUUAUACCCGUUAUUCGUAGAGAAAGAGGUAAUACUUGAUUCGUAAAAUGUUAACCCUAUUUAAGUAUGUAUAUUCUUGAUCAAGAUCAAUAUCCGACUCUUGCCAUGCCUGUCCGUCCGUAAGUCUGUUCGCAUGAACGAAGAAAUCUCAGCAACUACAAAGAUGAGAUUAGGCAUGCAGUUCCUUGAGACGCCAACCCUUGAAAAGUAUUUUAGUAACUUAAGCCUUGUCCAUUUCUAUCGAUAUGCAAAAGAAAUUUCGGCCACGCCUACAAAGCGCAAGCAAUUCUCACUCCGGCAAUUUUCAAAAAAUGUUUAAGUCUUAUUAUGAUUCUAGACAAAUUCUGUCGAUAUUUCAACACAUUUUUGAAAUAUAUUCCUCGUUCUCCCACUAGUUGGUUGAGUAACGGGUAACUAUUAUCCGAGGAAUUCGAUUAUUGCGUUCUCUUUUUUUUAUCCAAACGAGCUUACUAUUUCAACAUAUUUCACACACUUCAAACUUUGCUGAAAGCUAUUUGUUUUCACACCGCUGAUCGUAUUUAAAGGACCAAUCAUUAAAGAAUUAAUUUGAUCACAUUAAUUUUGAUCAGCUUACGCUCGAAAAAAAGCACUCAUAUAUAACGGCAAAAAAAAAAAAAAUGAAAAACCUUGCAAAUACAAAAAAAAAAAAGGAAAACUAAUUUAUAAAAACAGCUCCUUCAACAGGGCCAGCCAUUGAGGGCUACCAUACCAAGCUAAUAAUACCAGCGCAUUAAAGCAUACUAAAAGUACAUAAGCAGAAAACCAGAUACACACAGACCCACACAUGUUCACCCACAUUUCAUCCACAAUGGUAACAAUAAUUAGAAAAUUAAGCGUAUUUAUAUAGAGUAAAAAAAUAUGAAUGUCUAGAGGAAUAAAUAAAUUGCAUCAAAUAAUAUGAAUAUAUUAGUCAAAGCAGGUAUACAUUAAUUUUUGAAAUUUAAAAUACACUUUACGCAAUGCUCUGUGUAAGGCAAAGUCCGAAAUUAGAAUUAUAUUAAAUGAUGGUACUAAACGAAUUCAUAACCACAGAAAUAUUCAUUGAUCGUCUAUUAAUAUAUGUAUGUAUGUAAGUUUGAAUGUCUAACUAGACCGCCUAAUUUAAGAGCUCAAAAAAUAUGUUGCCUAAUUUCAACAUUUACCAAAUAUUAAUUAUUUUAAAGAAAUGUACAACUGAUGGCAAAUGUACGAGUUCUUAAAAUUCUUUUCUAAAAAACGCUUAACCUAUAUAAAUUAACUAUAACUAUCUGUGCUAUUAAAUUUAAGCUAUAAUAAAGAAGUUCAAUAGCAAGAGUAAUGCAAGAGUACAUAUAUACUGAUAUCGAGAUAAUACUAAGAACUUUACCGUCAGAAAUGACAAAGUAAAUUGAACUAUCCUCGAUUGUGUUUCACUUAAGCCAUCUCCAAAAAGUUUAUAUCAUUUUAAAAAUUUUACCAUAUUGGGGCAUAAAGUGAAGUAUGCAGUGGUUACCAUAUAUUUAAUAUUAAUCUGCAGAAUAUCGUAAGUUUACUGAAUAUAAUAAACUUUAUGUAGUACAUCA